AUGAGUGCAAGCCAGGAAACAUGCCCUUUUUGCGAAAAGGGAUUUGGAAGUGAAGAAACAGUGGUGAUAGGCAAGAAAGGAGCUGACGGUAUCAACAACGCAAGUGACAAGAGAGGCGAUAAUAUCAUUGUGGCACCUAAAACCAGAGUGCACAAGUCAUGCCGUGCGAAUUAUAUCAACCAAAAUUACAUAGACUCGCAUAAGAAAACUAAUCAAUUAGAGUGCACGCCGUCUGUCGUCAAAAGAAGUGCACGUGUUUCUGUUGGACCAUAUGAUAGCAGCACAGACUGUUUAUACUGCGGAAAUAAGGUUGUGAAGUUUGAAUUUGGGGUUAAAAAUGACGACUAUGGAUGUGUUAAAACAGACUGCUUUGCAGACACAAUAUUAUCAAUCUGCAAGACACGUGCUGAUGAAUGGGCAUUUACUGUCCAAGGACGCGUUCAAUAUUAUGGUGGAGAUCUACACGCAGCUGACUGUUUGUAUCAUCGUUCUUGUGACAUAAAUUUCCGCACGUUGCGGGAUAUUCCAAACCAGCACAGAGUAGGCCCCAGUGAAAAUAAACGAUGCCGGAAACUUGGAAGACCAAGGGACACAGACCAGGAAGAAGCAUUUUUCAGGAUGUGUGCUUUCUUUGAGGACAAUGACGAAGAACAAUUGAGUAUUACCGACCUUGCAAAUAAAAUGGAGGAGUAUCUGCAUGAAAGUGAGUGUGGUGCUUACGGGAAUCAGUAUCUAAAGUGUCAGCUAAUGAAACACUAUGGAGAUUCAAUAUUUGUAGCUGAGGGCGAUGGAUUGCAAGACAUUGUGACGUUUCGUGAAAGAACUGGACGAAUCCUCCGAGGUUAUUUUCACCUGCCAAAGAAGGAGGAUGAGGAAGCACAGAAGAGAGAUAUAAUUGAAACUGCUGCUAGACUCAUUAAGAGUGACAUUAAAUGUAUGGUCACCCCAGUUAGUGAUGAAUAUCCGAAGACUUGCGAACUCAAACUUGAACCUUCCUUAGAAUUCGUCCCAGAGAGCUUGCGUUUGAUGUUACAGCUCCUUUUUGUCGGCAAGGACGUUAGCCGGAAAUGUGCCAGUAUUGGACAGUCAAUUGUACAAGCUGUUCGUCCACGGGCCGUUAUAGCACCAUUGCAGCUUGGCCUGGGUGUGCAAAUGCACCAUCUUUUCAGGUCAAGGUUUUUGAUCGAUAGCCUCUCUGCCAUGGGUUAUUGCUCAUCCUAUUCGGAGGUUCAAAGGUUUGAGAACAAUGCCGCUGCUGCAAUUGCACCAGAUAUGUUAGGUGGAGAUAUAGACAUACUUGAAAUGGCUCUGUUGUUCGCAGCCGAUAAUGUCGAUCAUAAUAUAGUAACGCUUGAUGGAAAGGGUACCUUCCAUGGAAUGGGUAUGAUAGCGGCCAUCACACCCGGGAAACAAGUCAGUCACACUAUUCAAAGGCGAAAAAAAGUUGACUUAAAUGUUCUGAAUGAGGCAAAGGUGGACAUCAAGGACUAUCGGUUUGCUAAACACGUUCGUCGCAAUAUAAAAUUUAUGCCUCUUCCAUUGAUUUGCGACAUCGAUCACAAAAUUGACAUACUCUGGGAGAUGUCGUUACGUUUCCGUCAAUGCGCCCCAAACUGGCAGGGUAUGAUGCAUACAUUGCGCAAGGAAUGUGAUCAUCCUGGCCAGUCUUCGAUAGCGUUCCUUCCCAUGAUUGAUAUGUCAUCAAGUGACAAAACAUGCAUUUUCUCCACACUGGAGUAUGUGUGCAACCUAGCUGCCAAGCAAAACGUUCCGCCAAUCAUAACAUUCGACCAACCGCUCUUCUGGAAGGCAUCAGAGAUCGUAAAUGAGGUACCAGACAAUAGUCCUAUAAGAGAUGUUGUAUUGUUACUGGGCAGUUUUCACACCUUCAUGAAUCUUUUGGGGGCCAUAGGAACAUUAAUGGAUGGGAGUGGACUGAAACAGAUCCUAGAAACAAUAUAUGGUGAGAACGCAGUUGUGCAUAUGAUGAGUGGUAAAUCUGUACAACGUGCAUUUCGCGGACAUCUUCUUGUAGAUCAAUGCCUUACGCAUCAGAUAGUAGCUAAAAUCAUCGAGGAUGAGCCUGGUUUUGAAAACGUCUUGAAAGAGCUUGAAACGUUGUACGCUCUUUCGGAAACUGGUGAAAGAAACAUGGAUUAUUUGCUGACGUCAGAUUGCAUUGGAACAAUCGCUGAUCGGCUCAAAUCGAAAGAAUGUGAACUAUCCGGUCAUUCAAAGACAAGCAAACUGUGGUUAAAUUAUCAGCAAAUGUUGGGAGUUUCCCGCGAACUCAUCGAGGCCGAUCGCACCGGAUCAUGGGAGAUGCACCUCCAUGCCAUAUCUGACUGUUUGCCAAUAUUUGCAGCUGCUGGACACCCUAACUAUCUCAAGUCGGGUUAUCUGUAUCUUCAGAAGAUGAACAGCUUAGAAACUGACAACCCUUCUGUUUAUCAGAAAUUCAUGAAUGGUUUCCAUGUCAUACGCCGCAGCAACCAAUACUGGGCUGGCCUAAGCUCUGACCUUGUCAUCGAGCAGACGCUAAUGCGUUCCCUUAAAAGCACAGGCGGGCUAACAAGAGGAAGUGGCUUUAAUGAACACCAAAGAACACUUUGGACAAUGUCUCGCCCUGUAACCUCAGCCUACAACUAUGCCAUGCAAGAGUUCAGCCAGAUGGUAUACGCAACAAGUGAACAGCACAAAGAAUCUACGUGUGCAAGGAUGAAUAGAGAUAAAGCAGACAGAGAAAUGCUUAUAGAAAAACUUGCAGACUUUUCCCCGUUCACAGGAGAUGCUACCUUGCGCAACAUCAUAACUGGUAUAAAUGCUAAUGACGAUGUGAAUGUGGAUGAUCUUUUCGCGGUUGGCAACACCACAGUGAAAACAAUGGAAGGACAGUCUAUAUUUUCCUAUUCACACAAGAGAAAUACUAGAGUGAAGACAUUAGCUACUGCCCGAGCCAUCAAAAUUACUGAAGACAGAACCAUAGACCCAGCUUUGUUGUUUCAGAGGUUCUUGGUGGUAUCACAGUCUGGAGAUCUUAAUUUAAGUGAGGUGAUGGAAUAUGAACUCAGUCCUUAUCCUCCAGCGUUAUUUGAAGCAAAGGAUCGUUUGCGCAAACCAGAGAAGGCACAACUGAUGGAAGCUAUAAGAAACUAUGUCACUCCCACAUCUGAUGAUGCAGUGCUUGAGACGAUCCCAGUUACUGAUCACUACGUUUUAGACGGGGGUUCACUUUUGCAUAGACUGAAAUGGACCGAAGGUUCUACGUACAGCUCAAUCGCUGACGCAUAUGCAAAGUUCACUUUGGAUUUAUACGGACAUGCCACAGUGGUAUUUGAUGGGUACAGUGGAGGGCCAGGCAUUAAGGACAAUACACAUCAACGACGAGGUGCAAAUAAGACUGCUAACAAGGUUAAUAUAUCGGAUGCUACUAAGUUCGUCGGAAAAAAAGAGGAUUUUCUCUCGAAUGUGGAAAACAAACAGGCUAUGAUUGAUCUGGUCGCAAAAUGCUUGAAGCAGAAAGGCUGCCAUGUCAUCCAAGCUGAGGGAGAUGCAGACGUGGACAUAGUAAAAGCCGCAGCUUCAAUGUCUGGGUACAAGUCUACAAUGCUCAUUGGUGAAGAUACUGACUUGUUGAUUCUCCUUCUGUAUCAUGCGACUCUUAAGGACAGCCAUGAGCUCUACUUCCGUUCAGAUAAAACCGGGGAUAAAACAAAACAAUAUGUGUACAACAUCAAUGUUCUGAAACAGAUAUUAGGUGAUGAUUUAUGUACUGAUCUGCUGUUUGUUCAUGCGUUCACAGGUUGCGACACGACUUCAAGAAUCUUUGGGAUUGGCAAAAAAUCCGUUUUUCAAAAAAUUAUCAAGGGGCAAUCUGUGUUUCGUACAUGUUCAAAGAUUUUUUGUUCACCAGACAAAGAUCGAGAUACCGUUGAAAGUGCUGGCUGUAAGGCAAUGGUUUCAUUGUUUAAUGGGAAUCAAAACGAAUCACUCGCAACCCUUAGGUACAAUUCGCUCUGUAAGAAAGUUUCAAGAUCGAAGACAUUCGUCACACCUGAACGACUUCCGCCAACUGCUUCUGCCACUAGAUUUCACUCGCUGAGGACGCAUUACCAAGUUAUGGUCUGGAUGGGCAUAAGUGAGGACAUGGUCCCUAACGACUGGGGAUUUAAAGUUCAAGGGGACAAACUCAUUCCGAUCAUGAUGGAUAAGGACCAUGCUCCCGAGGUUCUCCUCAAAAUAAUCCACUGCAACUGUUCCACUGGUUGUAACACGCUAAGAUGUACCUGUAAAAAACAUGGGCUUGAUUGUACAAGCGCAUGCGGACCUUGUCAAGAAGGGAACUGUGACAACAUAACACUGGGGCCAAUACUAGAUGAAGACGAUGACGAAGAACAAUGA